AUGGAGCGAAUUGACACAACUGGUCGCCUCUCCAGGCUCAGGGAGUUGAUGAAGGAGCGCAAAGUCGACGUCUACGUCAUCCCAUCUGAAGACUCCCACGCCUCCGAGUACAUUGCUGGCUGCGAUGCCCGCCGCGAAUUCAUCUCCGGCUUCAGUGGCUCUGCUGGAUGCGCUGUUGUCACUCUGGACAAGGCAGCCCUGGCCACUGACGGGAGGUACUUCAAUCAGGCCUCCAAACAGCUCGACCAGAACUGGUUACUCCUGAAGCAGGGCCUACAAGACGUUCCCACUUGGCAGGAGUGGUCUGCAGAGCAAUCCGCUGGUGGGAGGGUUGUUGGCGUCGACCCCGAGCUUAUCACGGGCUCAAUUGCAAAGAAGCUUGCCGAAAAGAUUAAGCGAUCCGGCGGUUCUGAUCUGGUACCCCUGGACGAGAACUUGGUAGACCUUGUGUGGGCUGAAGAUCGCCCGGCUCGUCCCAAGAACCCCGUCAGGGUAUUGCCUGAGAAAUUCAGCGGCAAGGAUGUCAAGACCAAGCUCAAGGAGUUGAGACAAGAGUUGGACAAAAAGAGUUCGCGGGCUUUUGUUGUGUCCAUGCUGGACGAGAUUGCCUGGCUUUUCAACCUUCGUGGCGAUGAUAUCCCCUACAACCCCGUCUUUUUUUCAUAUGCUAUCAUCACGUCUGACUCAGCAACCUUAUACGUGGACGAUUCUAAGUUGGGAGAACAAACCCGGGCCUAUCUUGCAAGCAAUGACAUUGCUGUGAAGCCCUACGAGACCAUCUUCGACUCUAUUGGCGCUCUACGUUCUGACCAAUCCACCGAAGUGGCUCCUGGGGCCCCUUCCAAGAGAUUCAUGAUUCCAACCAAGGCUUCGUGGGCUCUGAAGCGUUCCCUUGGCGGGGAUGGUCAGGUUGACGAGGUUCGCAGUCCUAUCGGAGACUCCAAGGCUGUCAAGAACAAGAACGAAAUGGCUGGUAUGAGGGCUUGCCACAUUCGAGACGGAGCUGCCUUGAUCGAAUACUUUGCCUGGCUUGAAGAUCAAUUGGUCGCCAAGAAGGUGAAGUUGGACGAAGUCGAAGCGGCCGACAAGUUGGAGCAGCUUCGGUCGAAGCAGAAGGACUACGUCGGGCUAUCAUUCGACACCAUUUCCUCGACUGGUGCAAAUGCUGCUGUAAUUCAUUACAAGCCUGAGCGCGGCGCAUGCUCGGUCAUUGACCCCACCGCCAUCUACUUGUGCGAUUCUGGAGCUCAGUAUCUCGAUGGAACCACCGACACCACAAGAACGCUUCACUUUGGACAGCCGACUGAGGCCGAAAAGCUUGCUUACACUCUAGUCCUCAAGGGCAAUAUUUCACUGGAUACUGCCAUCUUCCCAAAGGGCACGACAGGCUUUGCAAUUGACUGCUUGGCUCGCCAGCACUUAUGGAAAGAAGGUCUGGACUACCGUCAUGGAACAGGUCACGGUGUUGGAUCUUACCUCAAUGUACACGAAGGCCCUAUUGGCAUCGGUACCCGCGUCCAAUUCGCCGAGGUCGCUCUGGCGCCAGGUAACGUUGUGUCAAUCGAGCCGGGCUUCUACGAGGAUGGAUCAUACGGCAUACGAAUCGAGAAUGUAGCCAUGGUGACUGAAGUCAAGACGAAGCAUUCUUUUGGCGACAAGCCCUACUUAGGGUUCGAGCACGUCACUAUGGUCCCCUACUGCCAAAACCUAAUCGAGCCCAGCCUCUUGACGGCCGAAGAAAAAGCGUGGCUCAACACGCACAAUGCCGACAUUUUCCAGAAGACCAAAGACUACUUCCAGAAUGAUCCUCUGACUCUGACAUGGCUGACGCGGGAGACGCAGCCUUUGUAG